AACAAUGAAUACAUACAUCUUCAGCUAUUAUUUAAUUCAGUUCUGUGGACAUUCUUGGAUAUUUACCAAUAUGAUCAUCAGAUUCCUUUCAUUUGGGGAAGAUUCUGUUGCAGAUACUUUCCACUCUAUUGGACUUGUGAUGCGUAUUUGCCAGUUAGGAUCUUUACUAGAGCUCCUGCAUAUUUGGCUUGGCAUUGAGAAGGAUCAGUUUCUCCCAAGGUUCUUACAGAUCACAGAAAGAAUUGUCAUCUUAUUUGUUGCAAUAGCAAGCCAAGAAGAAGUUCAAGGGAAAUACAUUGUGUGUGUCUUAUUUUUCCUUUGGAGUUGCAUUGAUGUCAUCAGAUACACACACUGCAUGUUAUUAGAGACAGGGAUACACUUUCAAGGACUAACUUGGCUCCACCAUUCGCUAUGGAUUCCUUUCUAUCCUCUCUCCGUUUUGGCACAAGCAUUCGCCAUAUAUGAAUCAUUGCCUCACUUUGAAACCUCAGGCACUUACUCCAUCCGAAUACUCUUUCCAUUUGAUCUAACUAUUUACUUUCCCUAUAUACUGAAAAUGUACAUGGCAAUAUUAUUUGGUGGUACGUACUUCAUUGUUCAAUAUCUUUAUGUGGAACGGAAGACUCAUCUAGGAAGUUUCAACAUCAAAGAGAAGAGAAGCUAACUCAUAUUUUCGGUGGAAAAUGACAAAUUUUACUUCCUGUGAAACAGCCUUUGUGACAAUUACCAAUAUACCAAGAGCUAGUCAUUUGGAGAUUUCAAGCUUAAAGCAGCACACUGCACUUUCUUGAAUCGCUGUACGCAGGCUUUGUAUACAGGGGCAUACAAGGCAGAAUCACAAUAAUUCCUUGAUCGCUUAAACACACUUUCAGUAGCUUUCCCAUUAUAUUCAGUGGAAUGUAAAAGCCAGGAUAUUAUGUACAUGCACAUGUGUAUAUCCACACUGGAGAAUUCUUUUAAAGUUGUCUAGGAUGUGUUUACUUUUUCUAACACUGCCAGAAAAGAAAACAAAGUGCUACAAUUACCUUCCGGUUCCAACCUAUGUUUUUGUCAGCUGGUGCCUUUGAAGAAAUAUUUCAUGAAAACCAGGCAGAAAAGUAGAACAGAACAGUUUGAUUGUAAUAGUUAACUUCUUAAAAGGUAGGAUAUACGUUUUGGGCGUUUUGUGUGUACCUGAAAUUUUGAUUAAGUGUCUGGUGGUAUGUUACAAGUCAUAAAACCUAUCCACUUGGGUACAGAUGCAGGAGUGGGCUUUCUGUAACUCAUGAACCUCACCCAUCCCCAAGCCUGUGUUUCGCUAUUCUGGAGCUUCUUGGAAUCAUGCCAUUGAAAUUUGAUGGGAAAAGGCUGGUUAUCAGCCACAUAUUUUAAAUACCUUUUAAAAACUGUUUAAGAUUUUUAAAAUAGGCACCCUAAGCCUUUCAAAGCCUUAAAACUCUUUAUUUCAUGUAUCCUCAUUCUUUUCGCCAGUCAGCCACAUCCCUGCAAUGCUGAGGUUGAAAAAAAUAUUUUUUAAAUGGCGCUCACCCCUGUGUUAAAGUAUGCUUCUGUAGCUCUUUUUCUGGGGAACUUUCUAUUGAUCUGAUGCUUAAGUAUAGAUUAAGGCACUGGGGUCCUCUUCCAUGUCUUCUCUAACAUCAUAAAUGAUUUUUUUUUAAUCUAGGGCCUGAUAUUUUGGAGCAAGUUUAAAUGCUUAGGACAAGAAAACCUAUCAUUGCAUUGGCUCUACAAAGGCCUAGUUCUCAUUGAAAUGACACAGCUGGGUCUGAACUGAAGCCCUGCAUACUUGUAGGGUCACUAAUUUGCGCGCACCUUCCUAUAAAACGUUUCUUCCGCAUAGAAAGCCAGUGCCAAAUGGGGCCCUUUCCAUGUUGAAGGAACCCUUGGGGAAAUACUCCCUUGUCAGCCUACUUUGCUUGGUCCCGAUAGUGGUAGCAGGAAUAUCAAUAAACAGCAGGUGGCUGCUUUGCAUCAUAGCCCAUUGUCUAACAACAAAUAAAACAUAUUCAAAAGUCAAUUUUUCAAGGCAAUAUUUUUAAUCUUGCCACAGUGAAGUUGUCAAACCCAUUACUGUCCACCCUUCCAUGAAAUCUUGCCUUGUUUAAACUUUCUUACCCAAUUCCUACUUCCUAAUAGGAAACUAUUAGAUUUAAAUCCCUUCCUUCCUCCUUUGCUUUUUGUCAAUAGAACAAAUGGUACAUGCUCAUACAGGCAGAGUCUUUAAGUACUUUUACCCAGGAAAGAUAACAGCCUAUCUGGAGCAGAAGCUCCUUAACAUUCCACAGCGUAAAAGCUUUUUGGCUAGACAUGUAUCGCCAGCAGAUACAUUAUCUGCUUCUUCGGGAUCCCUACCAGCCAUAAGCUUUUGUCCAUACUGCUUUCUUCUUGAACUCUGGGAGAGAUCUCAGGGCCAACAAAGAAGCUGUUAAAAGAACAUACACAAUAUCAGCAAUGGAAGCAGAAACAAACCUCCUACUGUUGCAUGCCUGAAAUAAUUUGGAAGUCAAUUAACAUCGGAGGAGAAGCUCUCCUGGAUCAAAUCAAAGGCCCAUCUAGACCAGCCUUCUUUUUCUCAGAGCAGCAAAUCAAAUGCUUACAGGAAAUCCACAAGCAGGAACUGAAUGGAAAAACACUUUAGGUUUGUGUUCUCCAAACCUAAAGGCAACAACUAGAAACCAAUGAGAGGCUUAUCCUCCAGGAAAAGUAUUUAUAUGAAAUACAUUUUAAAGUCCCUGAAGUAGCCCUUUUUAGCUGUUGCUGAUCAAAUUGUCCCAUCUCUAGCCCAUAUGGCCAAGGGUCUGAGACCCAAAGCUGAAAGAGUCUGUCCUUGACGGUCCUGCAACUUCUUAAAUCAUGAUAGGAAACCUUUUGGGGAAAGGGGCAAAUCAGAAAUUUUGGGAACAAAUGGUGGACACAUGCAUCAAGUGCCAUAAAUUGUGGAAGACUUGACUAUUCACAAAAUGACUGUCAUUAGAGGAAUGGGAGAUCACAAAACACCCAUGGUUUGGGAGGCAAACUAACACCAGGUUGAUAUCCACUAUUCCAGGAUUAGAGGCAGCAAGCUACAAGUAGGUUUUUUUAAAAAGAUGCGACAAAGAUGCGUAGUCAUUAUGGAGAUGUUUAGUGUCUCUAGGCAGCAUCUACUUAUCCCUGUCUCAUAUAAAUUUAUCUUUUUAAUAUUGUACAUUCAAUAUAAUGAAGUACUACUUUGAUUACAGAUUCCUGCAACAAUCCUAUGACUAGAUUCCCACAUACUACAGCAUAAUGUGGUUUGUUGGUGUUUAUGUGUUGUGUGAAUCUAGUCAUCUGAGAUUUAUUCAGUGAAUCAUGGUUAAACAAACCAGGGCAUAAUGUGAUGUGUGAAAUAAGUCUGAAUAACAAUAACUUUUAUAAACAUGUUUUGUUUUGAAAUUGAUAUAAACCACCUUUAAAAACA